AUGAAACUAUUAGGCUCAUUAGAAUUCUCCGAUAUGAAUUUGGGUCCACCCAAUAAAGAUACUUCAAUCCUCUGUCCAUCAUCUCGAUUCACGGGCAGCCAAAAAUCCAAAGGCAAGUCUUAUAACGUCGAUGUUAUUUUUCAUCAUGUCGACUUAGAACGUUCAUAUAUAUGUGGAUACUUGGGAAUAACGGGCUUAAUUGAUGAAUAUCCGAAACUAUCGACAUUCUUCGAUGCAGAAAUUAUCUCAAAACGUUACCCAUUCUUGACACGAAAAUGGGAAGCUGAUGAAGAAGUCGACCGUCAACAUUGGAGUAAAUUCGACGCAUUCUUACCCUAUGUGGACACAUUUAACAAUGAUUCGUUUGAUUAUGAUCAAUUACAACGUGGAGUUAAUUCCGAUUUUGUUUUCAUGAGAUGGAAAGAACAUUUUCUUGUUCCUGAUCAUACUGUCCGAAAUAUAACUGGUGCAUCAUUCGCUGGCUUUUACUAUAUUUGUUUACAAUUAAGUACAGGGAAACUACAGGGUUACUAUUAUCAUAAUUCAUCUGAAUGGUUUCAAAGUUUAACUUUGGAACAUGUUCCACAAAAAACAUCGAGCGUGUUUCAAUUUCGAUAA